AUGAAGCAUGUUGGCAGCUCCAGUGCUACAAAAGAGAUCCCAGCGCAGAAAUCCAGUGGUCAUAAUUUUGGCUCUGAAUGCAGCAAGGCACUCCAGCACUGUUUCAGAGGCACCUCUCACAUCCACAAACUGCCCGAGUCCGGUGAGAUAUGCAUGGGAAACUGGGCCUCUGGCGAAGAGAGCGAUGCCUGGCUCCCGCCGGCGCCGAGCUGGGCGUCCUGCCGCGGAAACGCCGAGGACCGGGCAGCCCCUGAGGCGCCGGCACCCCGUGACGCCUGCCUGCGGUCCCCACGCCAGAGCAGUCCCGUGGACAUGCUACGGGGACCGGCAGGAUGCGGUUCCCGGCGCCACGGUUUUCCUGUGGAAAGAGAGAGGCUCCAGGCUGUGGCUGGUCUCGUGCUGAAGGUCUGCUGCUUCACCUUCUCUUCUGCCACUUGUUUCAUUGCAGAUAAUGCAGGGUGCGAUGCCUUCACGCUGAGCAGCUCGCGCAGAGCCAAAUCCAGGGCAGUCAAUGAAAGGACUUCUCCGGGAUCCAGCCCAUAUAUGGCACAAAAUAAGGCCGAGGGGAAUCGGGCCCAGCGGAGGAGCUGGCGGCAGCGGAUAAUCGAUGCCCUAGAAGAAGAAAAGCAGUUCCUGACCAUGUCGAUCACAGAUUACCUAAAGGACUAUCAAGAACUACUGCAAGUGAAAGCAGGCCUCAUCCUUGAAAUUGAAACUUACAGAGCUUUGUUAGAAGGGGAGAGCAACCAGUGGAUUAUUACAUGGACAGAUCAGCAUUUAGGGAAGAUGCCUCAAGAUUUUAUAAACACUUCAUAUAACUACACUGAUAUUUAUUCUACUUAUCAAGAAAGGAAUAAAAAGAAAGCCUCUCCAGCUAUCAUGAGCACUGAUACAAGACGCAGAAUACCAAUGACGAAUAUUAGCAGCUCUGCACGCUAUUCAGGUCAAUCAACACAGGCUGGAUCACAGACAACAGCUAGUGGAAAAUCUUUUGGAAGAGAUGUGCUUGGUUCAAUAUAUCAUCCUUCCACAACUGUUAAAAAGGAUGAAAGGGUUGUGACAGACCACAGAGAAUUGAGAACAUUUACUCCAGCCUACAGUAGCUGGAAAAACGCUGAAAAGCAGCAACAAACAUUUCCAGAAAUGAAGAAAACUGAAGUUACAACUUCAUCCACAGUAUCUUUUUCAAAAGAAUCAGCACACAUUGAAAAAUCAAACAAGGACCACAAAUUUGACGCGAAGCCAGGCACUGCUGAAAAUAUAAGGACAAAACCGAGCUUCACCAAAUCAUCAAAAUAUGAAGAAGCCAGAACUGAAACUCAGACCUCACUAAAAGAAAAAGGAGGUGAGAGCAAACCAACUGAAGAAAAAAAGAUUCUGUUGAAAGAAAAAGAUAAACUAGAAAAACAAACAAAGGAGGAGAAAGAUAGUGUAUUGGAGAAAAAGAAAACAGAUGAGAAACCUUUUAUGGAAAACAGAAGUGUUAAUUUUGGAAAGAAGACUGAGGUUAAAACAGGGAUAGAGCAGAAAAAAUUCGUCCUUGAGGAAGUGAUUAGCCAGAAGGUAACAGGGGGUGAUAUUCCUAAUGCAAGAACUUUGAAAAGUGAGUCAACCAGAAAAGAUACAAACAUGUCCUUAGAAUCAAGAAACGGAGAAGUCACUGAGAUGCCCAUCAGUUCUGAAACGUCUGCUCCUGACAAAGUAUCUCAGAAUAAAAGCAAAGACAUAAGGCUGCAAGGUUUUCAAGCUUCCAUAGAAAGUGAAACAGAUGAGCAUGUAACUAAGCCUGUUGAAAUUCACAAAGUGACUGUUUCAGAAGCAGAAUCCGGUCUGGAAAAUGAAGAGAGAAUUAGCGACGGAAGUCAUAAAAUGGGGUCUCUGUCAACUGAAAACAUAGCAGAAAAUAUUGUUGCUGAUAUUCUUAAAAGUUUUGCGCAGCCUCCUAGUUCACAGAUAUCAUCAGACACGAAAGUGACUUAUUUCAGUAGGAAAGAACAGCCAGAUGAUGGGAAAAUAAAGACUGAAAUCACAGUACAGUCUCAAGUUCAAGAAAACGUAAACAUUUCCAGUGAAGUUGAUCUCGGAGGUUUAUCAAGUCAGGAUGUUAAAAAGGUUGUUCUGGAGAGUGUUGAGGGAACUCCUUCCAAAGAGGAGAUAGAAGAUAUAGUACAUCAUGGCCUGAAAGGAAGUGAGAGUGGAAAGAAUGUGUCUGUAAACGUUGAGAUUGUAGAGGAGCCACUAGAUUAUGCCACUGAUGAAAGGACUGAUUUUUCAACACCUUUUGAAGUAGAGGAAGUGGAAGAUACAUUCCCCGAAACAGAGAGGCAUUAUGGUGAUGAGGAGGAGCAAGUCAUAACAUCUACGUAUGAAGAUCUUAAAAAGAAGAAACAACGCCAUGAGAGUUACACUCAUGUGGAAGAAGUAACUGAGGAAGACGACUCACCUAUUGAACAGAAAUAUUUUGUGUCUAUUCCUGAUGAUCAUCCUGUUACUCAUGAAAAAGGCGAUGACUCACUAUAUGGGCAAAUUCAUAUAGAAGAAGAAUCAACUAUUAAGUAUUCUUGGCAAGAUGAAUUUUUGCAAGGCACACAAGGUAAGAGAGAUGAAGGUGCAAGCUCUCCAGAUGUAACAUACCAAGUGGUAGAAGAGGAAGCAAGUGCUCAUAUUUUAAAAGAAGAACAUCCAAAAGCCGAAACAUCCCAUGUUGAAUCCAUUGUUAUUGAAAAAGAAAUUAAAAUACCCCAUGAAUUUCAGACUUCAAUAAAGGGGCUUUUAUCAAAGGAAACUAAGGACCCUAAACAUCAACUAAAAGAAGCUUUGGAGCAGUUGGAGGGCAGUCUCCCAGAAAGUGUGAAAGAGGAGCUGUCUGUGUUAACAAAAGAAAAUCAAGCUGACUCCAGUAGCUUAGAAUUUGAUAUCAAAAAAGUUGAUCACACAGAGGACGGUGGCUUGGUAACCAUUGUUGCUGAAGUCAAUCUGUCACAGACCCUUAAUACUGAUGAAUUCGAUGCAGCUCAGCUUGGUGAAGUGAUUGCAAGUGAGAAGAAGAUACCAUUCCAUUCCCCGAAAAAAGAGAGCUCAGAGAGAGCUGUUGAUGGUAAAAGCAAUAUAGAAAUAGAUGUUUCUUCAGGCACUGAUAAACACACUCCUCUGGCUAAUCAAGAAGUCUACAACUCAUCCACAAUGAGGAGGAGUGGUGGCACAGGGUAUCAUACCACUGAACAAGUUAUUUAUGGUGAUUCGGUUUCGGAAACUGCAGAUUUUGGAGAAGUCUCUCACUCACCAGAAUCAACAGAUAAGAGCAAAUCCAUAAGGCAAAUUAAGAUUGGUUCAGCAGAAGUACAGAAAAUUGAGCAGAUUGUAUAUGAAAGGCCUGGUUCUGAAACUCUGGAGCCUGGGGAUAUGGAAGAUCUUGUUCAUAGAGAAGGAUCAUCAGAGAUCAGCAGGUCUGUUAGGCAUUUUAAACUGGGUCCUAAAGAAAUCCAAACCACAGAAGAAAUAAUUUAUAGAGGCCCUGUUACUACCACUGUAGAGGAAAUUGAAUCUGGAAGUCUUUCUCAGCAGAAGUUUUCAACAGACUUUAAGACGUCCACAAGACAUGUCACAGUAGGAUCAAGGCAAGUAACUGAAGAAGUCAGUUUUGAAGGGCCUGUUUCAGACUCUCUGGAGCUCAGUAGCUCAGGGAAUCUCUCUCAGACAGAAGGGUCUGUGGAUGUCAGCAGAUCAAUACGGCACUUCAGAUUAGGUCCAAAAGAGAUUCAUACAGAACAAGUUAUCUUGGAAGGACCAAUCUCUAGUAAAGUGGAGGUCAGUGAUACUGGAGACUUUUCACAGACGGAAAGUUCAGUAAGACAUAUUCAGCUAGGUCCCAAAGAGUUUAUGACAACUGAACAGAUCAUCUACCAGGGGCCUGUUUCAGAGCGCAUAGAAAUCAGUGAAUCGGGAGACCAGAUUCUUUCAGAAGGUUCAAUAAAGCACAUUAGACUAGGUCAAAGAGGAUUUAAAACCACUGAACAAAUCAUAUAUCAGGGCUCCCUUUCUGAAACUCCAGAGCUCAUUAACCAAGGAGAACGUCUUUCCGAGAAUGAAGAAAGCUCAGAUAUUAAUAGAUCCUUGAGGCACAUUAAAGUGAGUCCCGUAGAAACUCAUGCUGAGCAAAUAAUCUUUAGAGAGCCUAUUUCUGAAACACUGGAAGAUAUUUCACAAACAGAAGAUUCAUCUGAGAGCAGUAGAUCGGUAAAGCACAUUAAACUAGGAUCCAAGGAAACAUCAUUUACUUUUCAAAUGGAUGUUUCCAAUAUGGGUGGAGUAUCUACAGUGGGAGGUGGAGAACAAGCAACAGUCCUCAUAUCCAGUAACCAAGACCCUUCUGUUAGUCAGUCACAGGUUAUAGCUGAAAGUGACCAGAUUGUAGAAAAUGAAAAUAACAGAGGAGGUUAUGUUCACUCCAGUUUUUCCCAUGAUCAUGGUGAAAAGGUCGUGGAGAAAUCAUUUUUUGAUAAAACUGUACAAUUGCAAAGAAUGGUAGACCAACGGUCAGUUAUUUCAGAUGAAAAGAAAAUUGCCCUUCUCUAUUUGGACCAUGAGGAGGAAGAAGAUGAUGAUAAUGAUGGACAGUGGUUCUGAAAGGACUUUUUGAUGAAAACUACAUAGUAACUUGUUUAUACAGAUUUCUGACUAUCUUAAAAGAAAAAAAACAAAACAGGUAGGGAGACACUCAAACUAUUUAGGUACUAAUAGCGGACUGAAGUAUUGAAUCUAAACAUCUACCUAUUCAGCACGUUUUUCAUUUCAUUAAAAAUUUAUUUUAGGGAGAAAUCAUGCUAUCAAUAUGCUUUUCCUCAGAGACCUGUUUCCAAUAACUUCAGAUUUUUCUACCCAUAGAGACAGGAAUUUUCUACUGGGGAAUUUAAAGAUUGUAUUUUUGUUUGUUUUAUAGCAGGUUAAUCAACAAGUAUGUGUUUGAAUAGGAUUUUUUCAUUUUUUUUAAAUACUGUAUUUUAUUUAGAUACUAAAAUACUCAGCAGUUCUGUUUAAAUCUCAAGCUAACUGCAAACAUAACAGAAUAUAAGACUAAUGAGAGUGGUAGGUAGCUGAUUUUCAGUUCCAUUUCCACGUGCUUAUGUGCAAUACCUAAUGAAAACAUUUUAAGAAAAGAUACAGUUAUCACAGAUAUUAAAAACUAAACCACACAGCAAGAAUUGACAAAAAUGAUGCUAUUUAUAUAGUUAAAAGGAAGUGUAAGAAGAAAAGAGGUAACACUGAAGCAAGCAUUCCUCACAAUAUUCAUUCUAUGUUUAGAGAGUAGUACAUUUAAAAUAUUUAAAAAGAAAGCAAAUUAAAAAAAUAGGCUAGAUAUUAAUUUCACUAAAGUAGGCAGAAGAACUCUUUACAGCUUCAGUGGCCAUACACAUUAAUAAGAUCAACUCAUUAUUUUGGGAUAUAGUGUUACUUUGAUAUUAGGUAUUGCUAAUAAGGUUAAGUGUGCAGUGUCAAACAUUACAUAAUACAUACCUCCUUAACACAGAGGUAUUAGCUAAUGUGUUUUAUUCUGAAGAAAUCUUGUAAAAUUGCAUGGAUUGGUUCUAUGUUCAUUGUGUGUCAAAUACUUUCCAGAUCAUCCUUUCUUUGUGUGCAAACGACAAGAUGCCUUUUCCAAUUACUAGCCCUGCAAAGCCAACCUGAAAUUUGAAUGUUCCUUUUUUUUUUGUUUUGUUUUCUUUUUCCCCCUGGUUGUAAUGUUUUUCUCAGGCCAAAGUUUAUGUCUACUUAUAUCAUUUGAAAAGCCCCUAAUUCCCUUUGUACUGCGCAGGGGGCUAAAUGAAGGCCAUCAUUCAGCUUUACAAUUAUAAGUCAGUGACCUCAAAGUCCAGAUCGGAAGCCAGCUCCAAUAACUGUACUAAACUGUGCAGUGCUAGCAAAAGCAAAAAUAGCAGCCAAAAUAUUUUCGUCACUGGGGUAAGAAGAUAUGAUUCUGGACACAUACAGGAAAUAAGAUACACAAAUGAGAAGCUGCUAUUUUUGCAUACGCACACUCACUCACUCGCACUUUUCUGCAGAGCAGGACCACACCUGUGCCCGGUUGGCUAUGUUGUGCCAUCUGGUAGUCUUUCACUCUGAAUUUCUUGCCUGUGGUUACGUAAACACAGUUCUGUGUGUGCUAACCUAAAUUAGAAUCAGUUGAAUCAUUUUAGUCUGGCAUGGCUAUUCACUUUUCAGUUUCCUUAAUAUUAACAGAAGCUCGAUUUUUCAAAACUGACUGCUACUUUAUAAUACAAGUGUAAAUGCAAAGCUAAGGAGAAAAAGUACGCUGGCUGACAUACCAUUCUGUUUCAGGUAUGGGGCAGAUUAAUUGAUUGUUGUGUGCCUUAGUUACCAAGCUUGAAACUGUACAAAGUAUAUUAAAGCUGUUAUCAGUGUUGCACAGAUUAAUUAAUGAGGUUUGUCUGCAUUGCAAAAUGUUCUGUAUAUUUUCCUGACUUUGUAUAAGUACAGCAGUGUGAGUACCAGCAUAGAUCAGGAUCAGAUAUUUUUCAGUCAUGUAAUAUGAAAUUCUUCUUUGAACUAGGAAGGGUAAUGAACAGCUGGAAAAUGAACAGGAAACUGAGUUGUGUUGAAGCACCAAAGGCAUGUAUACUAAGCUGAUUUAUACCAUUCAGCAUAAUGGAUAAUAAUAUUUUUAAAAAUUAUUCACAUGUACUUGUGAAAGAUCUUCUGCUUCCAUUUAUAAAUAGAGUGUUAUUAAUUGUCAUACCUCUAAUAUCAUCCUGUACUAUUUGUUUCCUUAGUUUCCCUCUGCUUUUUAAAAAUGAUAACAAAUCUCUGCUUAUUUAAGUAAUAAAUAAGCCAGAUUUUUCCAGCUAGAGGCCUAACUGUAAGCACUCAAACUCUGUCCUUGAAGUAUUAAAUAUCUGCCUAAAGACAAGAAUCAGAUCUGUAAUGAGCACCAGAGUUAGAAAAAUAUCAGUUAAUUUUCUGAAAGUUUGGCUCUAAGUUGAAACUUAAGCAGUCUUCUGUAAAAUAGAUAUAAGAAUAUCUGCGGAAAAUAUAUUUUGUAACCAACAAAAAGGCUGCUUACAAGGUCGAGCCUAUUUAUUGACACCUUGUGGAUCUUUGGCAGACAUUCUCCCUAGGAACAACUAUGCUGACACUCUAUUAUGUUUAUCUUCAUCUGCUCAGAGGAUUAUAAUGUCAGAUGAUGGAAUAAACCAGUAAGGAGCAAGUGAAUCAUAACAUGAAGAUGUCCUUAGUAUUGCAGGAGAAAAAAUACCGGUAUUGUUUCCACUGAGGCAACAACAGCUCUUUAAAAAUUCCUAUAGACAUCACUGUCGGAUGUAGCAGCUUAUACUAAGACUUAUUUCUGUGUUAUUGAUUGAUUGCCUGGAGGGAAAAUUUAUUCUGUGUGCUUAUUUUAGUUCCAUUUAAGACCAGGAUUUUAAUCAGCUGCUGGAAAGUUAGUUUAUUGCAAGGAACUGGAAAUGUGCAUUAACAUAACAUUAGAAGAUGCGAACAGUUCCCUUGCAUGAAUACUUUUGCGCUUUUGCACAAUUACUUUCAGGCCGCUUUGAAAACACAGAAAUGUUAUGAAAAAAGGAUACAAGUUUUAAAAACAUUCUUGUAAGCAACCCAUUUUCCAUUUAGCUCUCAUUAAUCUGAGAUAUUUUAACAUAACGAUAGCUUUGGUAACACUACCUCCAGGCAACAAAAUGUGGUGAGGUGGACAAUUACGUUCUGCAGUCCCAAUGGUUGCAUACGCAGAACUGGGGCCAUAGGUACAUGCACUACUAGUAAAAGCAAAUAUAACCUACUGUCUAAUGUACUAACUCACCCUAUAUAAUCACUUUGUGUGCAAGUAUUAUAGCCUGAGGCUGAAAGGAUUGGUGAUAUAACCGUGGUCAGCAUGCACUUCUGAAGCUUACUCAUAUAAGUUGUGCCUUUCAUUAAAUACAAGUAAUGAACUUUGCUGAGUUUGGAUUAAACAAAAUGCUUUUAAAAUAUAAUUACUAAUUUUGGGGGUAAAAUAUAUAUAUUUAUAUGCUGAGAUAGAUCAGAAGUGGGGCACUUUUCUAAACGUGUAAACCACUGGUCUAGAAAAAAUAUAUAAUAUAGAGCAUAAAGAAAGAUGUAUGAGAGACCUAGAACUAUUGACUGAUGUUUGUGAAUAGCAGGUGUUUAAAAGACAGUAAGGAUGUUGAAACAGGGUUUGCUGAUGUUAGCUAUGUGAGACUUUGCAGGCAGCUUGUGUUUUGGUCAUUUGCAAUGAAACUGCAUUUCUGUGGUGGUAGAAGCUUUGUGAUUUUACACUUUUUCACUCUUGAGUAUUAAACAAUCAAAAUCAA